AUGAGGACAUUCGUCACCGCUGCAAUCUGUAUACUUUCUGCAGCUACGUCUGCCAAUGCUAUCACGAACGGUGUUGGUAAACUGCCUGUAAUGGGUUACAAUGCUUGGAACGCUUUUGCGUGCAACGUCAAUGAGACUCUCAUCAUACAGACUGCGAAAUACAUGAAGGAGUAUGGCCUCCUGGAUGUUGGCUAUAACCACGUCAAUCUUGACGAUUGCUGGGCUAUGAAGGAUCGUAGCUCUACUGGCGAGGUCAUAUCGGAUAGCAUCAGGUUUCCAAGCAUGAGAACACUCACAGAUCAGCUCCAUGCUCUUGGCUUCUACGCAGGCAUUUAUUCCGACUCUGGCUGGUUUACCUGCGCCGGAUUUCCUGGCUCCUUCAUGCAUGAGGAACAGGACGCAAUGACCUUUCAAUCCUGGGGUUUCGACUUCCUCAAAUAUGAUAACUGCGCCAUUCCAUUCGAUGAUAUCAUCCGAGAGGGCAUGGUCGGAAAGUACCAGCGCAUGGCAGACGCUCUCGCUGCGGUAGCGAAGAAGACUGGCACUACUCUAAUAUUCAGUCUGUGUGAGUGGGGCUGGAGUCACGUUUGGUUGUGGGGUGCCCAAAUUUCUCACAGUUGGAGAAUUGAUGAUGACAUUGCGCCUCAAUGGAACUCGAUUUCUAGUAUCAUCAACUCCGUGUCGUUCAUUACUCAAGCUACUGGCUACUAUGGGCGCAAUGAUCUCGACAUGCUCGAAAUAGGCAAUGGGGACCUCACGUACGACGAAGCAAAAACCCACUUUACUGUGUGGGCUCUUGUUAAGGCCCCCUUGCUCAUUGGCACCAACCUCGCCACUAUAAGCCAGGAAAUGCUCAGUAUCCUGAAGAAUCAAGAGAUCAUCGCGGUUAACCAGGACCCCAUCUAUGGCACUAGCAUCUCGCCCUUCCGCUGGGGCAUCAAUUCUGACUGGACCUACGAUGCAACACACCCUGCUCAAUACUGGAGUGGUCCCAGUGAGAACGGAACGGUUUUCAUGCUUAUUAACACUUUGAACGAGCCGGCUAACCUAUCUUUCAACCUCACCGAAUCUCCUUGGAUUCGCGCCGGCAUCCAGUAUUCCGUCCGGGAUCUGUGGACACACACGAAUAACGGCACCGCUGUGCGUAGCUUCACGGCCAUGAAUGUCCCCGCGCAUGGUGUAGUGGCGCUAUUGCUCAAUGAAGAUGGGAAUGAACCCGCUGGGUUGGUGCCACCCUGUGCUGGCCAGGCUCUUUCACAAUGCACUGCUCAGGAUGGGACGAAAUACUCAUGA